UCGACUUCAUUUCCUAUAAAAAAAACUAUCUCCGGUUUUUCUUCUUUUGAAAAGUUGUUUUUUUUUUAUGUCGUCUGUUUUAGAUAAUAAUAAAACUUUAUCACAAAGUUUUCUUGGAAAAUAAAUUGUGUAAAAGAGGGCAGAGGGGAAGUGUUUUUCUCGGAAGAUAAUGAUAAACUUCUCACAAAGUUUUCUUGGAAAAUAAAUUGUAUAAAAGAGGGCAGAGGGUAAGUGUAUUUUCUGGGAAAACCAUUGAUGUCAUACAAAGUUGUUGUUAAACCAAUCGACAGCUUAAAAACGAUUAGAUAAAGAUUAUUCAAGUUUCAGUUUUACUCAGAGUUGUUACGAGAGUAAAAAUACCUGUUGAAAUCAUGGCAGAGAAAGAUGCAGAAAAUCUAGUCUGGCAAGAAGAUGCAAUGAUUGUGUCAAAUGGCCCCAAAGACAUGUCUGAAGAAAUGUUAAUUGAUUUUUUGGAAGAGAACGGGAAAUUAGAAAUUCUACGUGUCUUCCCUGGAAGAAAACCUGGAACUUUUCUUGUGUAUUGCGAAAAUGAUAUUGAUUUUGAGGAUGUUCAGAGGAUGUGCCAAAACAACCCCUUAAAAGGAAAUCAACUGAAAGUGGAUAGAAUUAAGGAAAUAAACAGUGUUCAAGUGAAAAACGUUUCUUCAAAUGUCAGCUCUGACAGUCUUCGAAGAUAUUUUGGAAACAGUAAAAGAAGUUCUGGUGGAGAUAUUUCUUCAGUUCUACAACAAACCUCUGAUACUUAUAUUAUAAGUUUUAAAGAGGCGUGUGUUGUGCUGAACGUUUGUAGAAUGCCACAUCAAUUGGAACAUGUGAAGUUAGAUGUUCAACCAUUCUGGAAACCACCUGAAGAAAAUAUCAUUUCAAAACAGCAAGUCCAUGACUAUUCACUACCUACCAAGUUCCAUCUGAAUUUUUUAAAGAAACAUAGAACUGAAGUUAAUGACAAAUUAAAGACUUUGGGCGAAGUUCUUUGGAAAGAUUCCAAGAUUAAUACACUGAGAUUUAAAUAUUCUGAAGGAAAUUUUGAGGAAAUUGAACAGCGUUUGAAAGAUUUAUUAAAUUCCAUUACUGUUGAAACUAUUGAUGUUCCAGAUGAUAUCUUUGAAGACGUUGUUGGAACAUUUAACAAUGAAGAUGACCGGAUGUAUUUUUAUUUUGAUAACCGAUAUCAUGAAGCUCAUAUUCUCGGAUUCGAUAAAAGUGACGUGAUUAAAAGGAAAAAGAGACUUUUGGAUAAUCUUAGAACUGAACGUGAGGAUGAUUUAAAUAUUCAUGAAAGACGUAUUCUAUCUGGUCUCGGAUUUUUUGAGGCAGGCAGAAGGACAAUUUGAAGGUCUAAAAGUCACAGUUCAUAGUAACAAAGUUGUUUUUGAAGGCCAGUUUUCCGAAAUAGAUAUU